AUGUCAGAAGGGCAAAAUACUGAUACUCUCGAGACUCUGUUUUCAUUUGAGCUUUUGGUGGAAUAUAUCCGAAUCGAGAAAGACAGCAAAGUAUCCGAUGAGCUGGCUCUUGGAGUGCGACUGCUAGAUUUCCCAACGCUGCUCAUUUAUCAGCCUCAACACAGAAGUGGAGACAUUAACCAACCAGAAAAGCAUGACAAGUAUAGGCGAGGAGAAUACAUCUUUAACAGAGGCAAGUCGUGUUUCUUCCAAAUGAACCUGAACUCACUGCACACCCAUCUAUCUAACACCCCUCUCUAUGCUAUGGUGUUGGAUGUGAAAGAGGAGAUUCCCAAAUUAGUUGGCUCCUCGCUGAUAUCACUGGCUAAAGUGAUGGACAGAAUCAGGCAGGAUGUCACUGAGCAUGGUGUUUGUGCUCCCUCUUCACACGGAGAAAGGGGGCUUUUUAGCAUGUGCAGUCUCACAGGGGAGAAAAUUGGAUCGAUUUCCCUGAGUUACAAACUGCUAAGUCUGGGAGCUAGUUUAUUACCACAUAUCACAGACAGGAGGGAUCAUAAAGCCACCAGUGUGCAUGGAGGACAACAUGUAGAAGAAAGCAUCAAGGUGGACAACCUAACUGCAGAAUCACUGCCUCUUGACUGUGGGAAUAGCCAUUCACAGACAAUGGACAAGUCUGACGUUAGCAGAAACAUCCAAAACAAGGGACCAGCACAGGCAAAAAUCUUAGUCAGUGAGGACAAGCAGGAUGACGCUGAACACAGUGUUGCCACUGAAAACACACCAAGAACCCAAAUUCCUCAAACAGUCGCAGAAACUGAAAACUGUUAUGAGGAGAAUUUAACCGUUUUCUGCCCCCCACAUCUUUACUACAGUAAUUCUGCAGAGGAAAAAAGCAAAAAUGAUGUAGGGGAUUACAAACUAAUGACUCUAAACUCUGAAGCUUUUACAUUUGAAGACUCAUGCUCUGAGGAUGAGAUGGCUGAAAAUACAAUUGAUGGCCCAAAUUCUUCAGUGAUGGACCAGAGAGUGAGAUAUAACACAAAAACAUCAAGAAAGCAAGAAACAAGUGGGGUGAGUCCUAAUGUCCAUGGGGAAGCCUUACGACAGCUGCCUCUACUAAAUGCUCUUCUUGUUGAGCUGUCACAGUUAAACAGCCACAGCCCACACCAGCCCUUCUCUGUUCAUCCCAAUCUAGCCUGGAUUUACAGGCCUGCAUCUGCAGAGCCUUCAGAUGAGCAUGGAGACACACCACGGAAAACACUGUGGAAAACCAGACAUGGGACUAGUCCCCAUUUUAAACAUUUACAUUCCCCAAGAAACUGUUCUACUCCAAUAGUUAGACCUACAUCUGUACAAAAGAAAGACAAACAAGAAGAGCCUUUGAUUGAGAGUAAAAGCUCCAGUAAGUCUCCUAGGAAGAAGCUUGUUUAUGGAACCACUAAAACAUUUAAUCUAAGGCUGAAGCAAAUUUCACCUCUUAAAGUAAAACGUCGUGAAUGUGUUGAAUUAAUACAGAAUGAAACACAGAUGAGUGUGGCCAAAGCAAAGACAAAGUCAAAAAUUCAAAUCAUGAAGUCCAGCAAAAGGAAAUCAGUAUUAAAUCAGAGCUCCAGUAUCAAUGAAAAUAUUGAGACAAUGAUACAAAGUAUCACAGUGGACUCUGCACUGCAAGAAACAACCACACUUAAACGUAAAAACCUGCAGGGGAAAGCUCCUGAUAAACAAGGCAGAGACUCUUCGAUGUUUUCAGAAAAACCUUCCCUUUCUGGGAGAAGAGACUUGAAAUGUAUUCACAUCCCCAGUGUGGACUGCGACAGCGCUGCCCAAAACAAAGACAAGAACGAGCAUCAGAGUGAAUCAAAUCAAUCACGGUCUGAAUCUGACAGGAACAGAGAGAAAAUUGAAUCCUCGGGAAGCAGCAGACACAGCAGCCCAAAGUCUUCAUUUUCAGACUCCAGUGGGGAAGGAAACGAGGAAGCAGACUAUGCUGAUGACUUUAACAGUCUUGAACCCAGUGAUGCCUAUUCUCCCGACCCCAUGAGUAGCCCCGAGCCCUCUAGAGCCAAAACUCCGAAGUCUCCCGUCCGCCACGACUUCUACAACUCUGACUCUGCCUCUGAAUCUGUCCAGAAGAGAGCUGUCCUCCCAGUGCCUGUCAAAGCCCCCAGCUCUCCACAGCGAACUCUGAGGGGCACACACAUCAUUCGACCUCGAACCCACGCCUCUGCCCUCAGCUUCUCCUCUGAUGAUGGUGACAGAGACGGGUCGGCUUCCUUACAAACCAUAUGCUCCAGAAAGCAGAUGAGAGAGAGCAGCAGAAUGGAAAGGAGCUCCAGCACGGAGAGUUUGAUAUCACUGAGAGGUCAAAGGAGUGAGUCAACCAAGAACAGCGGUCCAGUUCGAGGAUUUUCUGCAGAAUCAGUAUCCUCCUUUGAACCACAGGAGGCGGAGGAACUAGAGGACAAGCUUGGAUCUCUAGAUUUUAGAAAAGAGUAUCGGCAUAUCUCUGAGCUAGUGGCCAACAAGCUCCCUGGUUACACUAUGUAAAGAAAACUAUAUAACUGUACAUUACUGUAACAUUAAGGCUGCACUAUUUCUCCAAACCAAGUGAAAGAGAUGAGUAUUUGCAGUAUUGUACUGUACACAUCUUGCAAAU